AUGUCGCUCCGCACGCGCACUGAUCGAUUACUAGAAGAAGUUGGCAUAGAACGGACCGCGACGCUCAAUGGUGAUGUCCGUGCGCUCGCCGAGGCCGUGGGCCUCGGUUUCACGUCUCUUCCCGCGACGCUCACCGCCCUCGAGGCCGAAGUUCUAGGCGCGCCGGCGGAGGCGGCGCCGGCGCCCGCCGCAGUCGUGCCCGCACCCGCAGCCGCGCCCGCGGCCGCGCCGCCGGCGACGCCACCGACGGCGGCUAAGGCCAAGCCCGAGCCCGAGCCCGAGCCUGAUAGCGACAGCGACGGCUUCGAACUCACGGGCUCGCAGACCGAGGCCGAGCGGACGGCCGCCGCGCGCGAGGAGGCGGAACGCAGGAACGACGUCGUCGAUGUGGAUGAUGAGGGUGAUGACGAUCUCUCGAGCCAGUCCGUCAAGGCGCUCAAGGCGAUAGCGGCGGCGCGCGGCGUCGACGUUUCGACGUGUAGAGAAAAGUCCGAGAUCGUCGCGGCCCUGCGCGCUCCCGCUGCGAACGGCGCGCCGGCGGCCGCACCGCCGCCGCCGGCCGCAGCGCCACCCGCGCCGCCACCGCAAUCGGGCGCGGUCAAGCGCCUCACGCGCCGCAUUAUCUCGAGCGCGCUCAAGGACGGCGCCUCGUUGUACGACGUGCUCGGCAUCGAGAGCUCGGCCACGGCUCGCGACGUCACGGUAGCGUAUCGGGACAUUGCUGCUUUGAUCCACCCCGACAAGUGCUCCGAAGAGAAUGCCUCGGAGGCGUUCAAAAAAAUCAACGAGGCGAAUUCAGUUCUGUCGGAUGCCGCGCGCCGCUCGAUCUACGAUGCGGAGCAGGCGCGGGCCGCAGCGCCGCCGGCCCCGGCGCCCGAGCCGGAACGUCGCAAGCGGCCAAAGCGCAAGGCUGCCAAGCGCAAGAAGAAGAAGAGCGCGAAAAAGAAGCGCAAGGCCCCGUCGAGCGACGACGACGAUGACGACUCCUUCAUCGCGGACUCGGACGACGAGGAGGAGGAAGAAGAGAGCGAGGCGGACUCUGAUUCGGACUCGGAAUCGGAGGAAGAGGAGUCCGAGGACGACGAGGACGUCAUCGGCGGCUCGGACGACGACGACGAUGAGGAGGAGGAGAGCGACGAGGAGAGCGACGAGGCGCCCGCGCGGCGGCGCGCGCCGGCGGCGGCGCCGCGGCGCGCGCGGCCGCCGCCCGCGCCGAAGACGCGCCUCGAGCAACGCGGCAUCCCCGCCACGCGGGUCUCGCGCGGCGGCUGCGUCUGCCGCCUCGGGCAGAAUUGCUACGCGCGGUCCCACCUGUGCGUCUGCGGCCAGUUCUCGCGGUGCUACUCGAAGCGCCACCUCUGCUUCUGCGGCACGGGCUCGUCGUUCACGUGCAUCGCGAAGACGCACAAGUGCAUCUGCGGCUCUGGCUUCCCCCGGUGCUUCGCGUCGCGACAUAAGUGCAUCUGCGGCACGACGACGACCUGGAGCCGGUGCCACUCGACGGACCACUACUGCAUCUGCAAGCGCAUCAGCGCGGGCAAGGCGGGCGGCUGGACGACGUGCGGCGCGCGCGCGCACGAGUACUAAGUAG